CCAAAGAAUUCUUCUCACUUCCAAUGGAAGAGAAAAUGAAGUGUGCAAACUCUUGAUUGGAAUGAUAGAUUGUACCUUAUUGUCAAACCUGAUACCGUCAGAAAACUCAAAGUUUGGCCACAAAAUCCCAAAAAUUUUAGAAAGUGUUGCUGGAAUUUAGUGGCGAGCUUGAAAAGAUGAAUGAGGUGAUAUUGACGGCGAUGGCUAAGUCCUUGAAAUUGAAGGAUGAAGAGUGCUUUGUGAAUCAGAUGGGGGAGAAUCAGACCGUGCUUUCGCGGUUCAAUCUGUAUCCGCCGUGUCCGAGGCCGGACGCGGUGCUGGCUGCGAAAGCACACGGCGACGCCUCGGCCAUGACGUACCUCUUGCAAGAUAACAAGGUUGAAGGGCUGCAAACCCUCAUGAAAGAUGGCCAGUGGUACAGAGUUCCCAUCAUUCAUAAUGCUAUCCUCGUCAACACGGAUAAUGAGUAAUGGGAUAUUCGAGAGCCCAAUACACAGAGUUGUGACAAAUCCAGAUAAAGAGAGGGUCACCAUAGCUAUUUUCUUCGGUCCUGACCCAACCAGCGAAAUUGGGCCUCAUCAAGGAUUAAUUGAUGAAAAGAGGCCCAAACUGUUCAACAGUGUUGUGGACUAUACUAGUAACUAUUUCCAGUCUUUCCAGACAGGGAAAAGGCCCAUUGACCUUCUCAGACUUUAAUUAUGUAGGACUACUACUUAAAUCAAGUGUUUAAUCACUCCUUCUAUGAUAAUUAAACACAAAAUAAAAUAAUCCAUGUAUGUGGACUAUAUGUGUGAGUGUGUGUGAGACUAUGUAUUUGUUUUUUUUUUGUUCUGGAUACUUCCUUCAUAAUGGAGUUUACUUGAAUAAGAAUAUAUGGAGUCAAAUAGUGAUAAUUUAUUAGCA